AUGUUGGCAAUAGAUGAAGAAGAAAAUCGCAAUAAAUUAUCAACAGAAACCAAUGCUAUGCGUAAUAUGAGAAUCGCAAUAAAAAAAGUACACAAAAAAAUAACAAUUCCGAAUUACAUGCUCACAGAUAAGAAGCAGAAGAACCAACAAUCCAAAAUUGAGGAUAAAAAUGCUCAAAACGUUUCAGACAAGAAAAAGAAAGAAGGUGAUAAGCAGUCGAUAAAGCAAUCAAAUGAUUCAUCCGAUCAACUUGAUUUUAAUAAUAUACCAUUGCCCGAUAUACCAACAAGGAAAAGUAAACAUUUGAGUAAAGGAAAAAGCCUUUCUAAAGAUACAUUAUUGCCGACUAGUACAGCGGCAAAAAUACAGUCAAAGUGGAAGCAGCUUACUGAAAAAGAAUACUUUAAGAAGAUGCAUUAUCGUAAUUCAAGUUUCGAGAAAAAGCCCACAUAUCUGUUUGGUGAAAAUGUCAAACAGCAACAACAAGCCAAAGAUGGAAUAUUUCUAAAUCGCUCCGGGUGGCUUACAACGAGUAGUCAGCGGCUCGAAAAGGAUUCAGAAUCACGUAAAGAGAAUAUCAAUAAGUUAAAAUUAGCAAAUUCAAAGAUUGAAGAACUAAUAUCACGGAGUGAGGCAAGACGAGCGAAUCAGCAUAUGACCAAUUCAAAGGAUGAUAAUGUGACGAUAUUAAAAAUUGAUCCGCAAUCAGAUCAGAAACAAAUACUUAACGACCGUCCAGCAUACUUGCCAGUAAAAAAGAAUCUAGCACGUGAUGCUCCCCCUCCUACUCCAAUUCUCAGUCCACCGCCAGCUUUUCAAGACCAUCAAAUUCGUAAUCGUAUUUACGAGAUGAAGAAUGGAACGAGAAUUCAACUUUCUGUGACCGACGAUGACGACAAUAAAACGCCUACGCCUGUUAUUGGCAAGGGAAUGGUCUUCUCAAGAAGCUUCGAAUACGAUAACCGUAAAACGGCAGAAUUUAAUGAAAACUUCUCACGUAGUUUUGAUUUUGACUUUCAAUUGGGUGAUAAAAGUUUCAAUAAAAACUUCCUCAGUCGAUAUGGGAAUGCAAUGGCUUUUGCUAAUCUCACUGGUGUCUCACCAAGCUAUUUAACCAAAAAAGAAAAGCCGGACCCAGUCGUUCCAAGUAUGGCUUUACCAAACACUUCUGUUUCGUCUGCAGCAAUAACAGCAAAUACAAUUUUUCCAAAAGUCAUACCAGGAAAUAAGGUCAAGAUGAGCAAUCCAAAUUAUUAUAAUCCAAAUCACACUUCACUCGACGAUAGCAUCACAUCAAGACGACCGCAAUAUGGACGAACAGCUGGUUUAACAACAAACUAUAGAAGCUUAGAAACGAGUUCAAAAAUAAAUAACAGAUUAAAUUCAUGCGAUAGCGGUGCACGUUCAGAUUUCUCGAACGAUGAUCUUGAUGAUGAAGAAGAAGAGGACGAAGAAGCUUCGUCAUCGCUUGCAUUGAGCUACAAAUCAGCUGCGACAACAUCAUACCUUGAGCCAAUUAAAACAGCAACUCGAAACAUUACGAAAACAUUAUUAAACUCACAACAGCAACAGCCCCAACAGCAGCAAUCAUCAUUUGGUAAAACAAGAUCAAUGACGCCAGAUACGAGUAUAGAUGAUUAUGAUUUGUUGACUGUUGAUCGCGCUAAUUCAGCAUCGAAACGACAACGCUCACUGACACCUGAAAAGCGUCCAAUUACGCCUGAACUCUUAUUUAAGGGCUCAAAAUUGAAUACGUCUCAGACGUCCUUGAUGUCACGACAGAGCUCAGGUAAUUCACGAAAUAGUACAUUAGAACGUCAAUUGAAGCGAUAUGAAGAUGGAAAAUUAUCGCGAAGCUCAUCGAGUUCAAGUGAAGCCGACAAUAAUAACCGUUCAAGGCAAAAUCGACCUCCGUUUAAGACAACAUUUGGAGAUUAUAGGAUAAGACGAUCGAGAUCUUUACAGCUUUCAGAAAGAUCACCAAAUCGAUCGUCAUUAUUACAAAAGCUAGUUGUUCGCAUUGGAAACACAGCAACGCCACAACAAGCGAAACAAUCAUCGAAAUAUCGUAGCAAUGUAGAAAAAGCAGCUGCUGAUUAUACGCACACGCGAAGUAAAACAACAUUAAAUAUGCCAAUAAACAAAUACAGUUCACAGUCAUUACGCAAUAGUGACAUUUCAUUGCCCAGCAGUAGUGCUCAAGCCAAAUCGUUUGAUUUGCUUGAUUUCAAUGGAAAAUUAAGUGUCGAUUAUGGCUUUGAAUCGGAUAGUAAAAGCAAAUCAUUUGAUGAUGAUUUUUGUUAUAAUGUAAAAGGUCCACGUAAUGGAAAUAAUACGAAAAAUGUAUUUAGCGGAAAUCGAGCAUUUAGUCAAGAUAGAGUAUUGUUAGUUCCUCCCGUCACAUCAGCAUCUAAAUCAUUAAGGAAUAGUCCACGUAAUUAUGGAAGUCGAUUGUAUGAUCAUGACAUGUUAUAUGAUGUAGUAACAAGAAAUACGAAUACACGUUCACCUAUUUUAAAUUAUAAUAGUCGUGUUCCUCCGAACUUGCCAUUGUCCCGUGAUAGAUCACCCGUGGGUGGAAAGAGGCGCGAUCGAGAGCGAGAUCGAGAUAGAGAAAGAGAUCGAGAUUAUAAAAAGAAUUCAAGUAAUUUUCUAAAACCGAGAACGACAACCACACCUAAUCGAUCGCCAAAUCGCUCGCCAUCAGAUUCCGAUGAUUCAAUAAACGAGAAUGUAAAUAAAGUAUUGAAAGACAAGAGUCUCAUUACGGAAUAUCUGUUUGGAUUAAAACGGAAGCAGCAAGCUAAUCGAUCGGCCAAUCAAAGUGGAACGUCAUCGUCUGGAAGUUGCACAUCGAGUAGCUGCGACAUUUGGCCACAAAGAAGAAAUAGUGGCAAAAAGUAUCCAUCAAAUGAUAAUAGUAAGAAUGUUAAUGGCCCAAAUAAGAUUAAUGUGAAUAAUGAUAGUGAUUCGAGUGGCAAUAAUGCGAAAAUAAGUGUCAAUACGCAAAAGCAGAGACAACAAGCAUUUCGUAGUGUCAAUAUGAGUGCUAAUACCUUUAAUAGUGGAUGUGGUAGCAAAAAUGCGGGUAGUACGACCAUAAAAAUAAAUGAUGGAAAUAGUGCAUCGGCAAUGUUAAAAGCAAAUAAGCUUAACAAUAGUUCAAUAAUCUUUCUCGGUGAUUGCGAAAUGCCAAUUACAAAGAGUGGUGUUGUUGAACAUAAAAAUAGUGGAAGUGAUUCUAGUGCCAAUAAAGCUGCUGGAGAUAAUAGCAAAUAUACACAGAAAAUACAAAUUACUACUAACGGUAGUGAAUUGAAGCAACAAUUUGCGGUAUCUAGUCAACAAACACGUUGUAUCCAGAACGUCGAGAAGAAAAUGUCUAAGAAAAUUUCUGAUUUUUUUAAUUCAGCUCCAAGAUCAGUUUCUAAAAUAAGUGAAAAUUCAACAAAACCUUCAAUUUUCAUCAUUAAAAGUGGAAAUGUAAAGAAAAUUAAGCAGGAAGCUCAAGAAAACCUGGAAAAUCAAAGUAAUUUAGAAGUUCAAGAACAGCAAAUUUUCCAGAACAGACCAACAAUUUUAGAAAAUGUCAAGCAUGAGCCAGAGAAGGAAUGUCAAAUAGUUGUCAAACGAUCUGAACAAAUUACAACAUUAAAGUCUAAGGAACAAAAACUCGACAAAAAUAAAACUGAAUGUAAAAUCUGCAGGAAGAAAGUAAAACAUAUUCGUGCACACAAAAAAAUUGUUCAUGAAACUCUGAAUAAUAAAUUUGAGUGUGAUAUUGAUGGAAAAUGUUACAAAACUAAAAGUGGACUAGGCAGUCAUAUUAUAAGUCUUCAUCUUCCAAAAGUCAAAUGUGACAUUUGUCAUGCCGAAUAUAGCCUUCAUUCAUUAUCAACACAUAAAAAAAUUACACAUGCAACAGGACCAGAACUUAAAUGUGGCAUUUGCUCAAAAGUGCUCAAAAUUACACGAAAGGAAAAUUCUUCACUCCAUCGACAUCAUCAAAUGUGGUCCGUCAACGACGACAUUUUACUCGUCUUCAAAGCAGGUCGUUGCCCAGGUCUUUCAUGA